CCGGGCCGGCAAUUUUCAGGUCUGGUCGUCUUGCUUCUGCUCGACGAGCUUAGAGUUUGGUGAGGCCUCCUCUGGCGCAGGUUUUGCAUUCUGUGCUCGUGCGUUGUAAUUUUUGCAACGUUACUCUGCGUCUGCUUAGGGGCUUCUCACCAUAUAUUUUCUCUGAAGUACAUAUUCUGUGAAUGCGCAGGCCACUAAAAUUGAAUGAACAAUGUUGCAUUGAGGGGGCCCAGCAUCUGAAAUAAUUGAAUUCUUGUUAAUAUCGGUUUCGUUCAACUCGUAGUAUGUUGUGUCUCAACCAUUCUAGAACGAAUCGUCACGGAUCUGUUUAUUGGAACCUCCUUCUUUAGCCUAAACCUUUGCUCAUCGAGGGCACUCACAGCCAUUACAUGAUCACUAUCACCAUUUAGUGGACGAUUUGGAAAGAAUAGCUGCCGUCUUUUUCUGGUGAGUGAAGGCAUGGGGAGAGAGGGUGAGUGGCCAGGGCACCAGCAUCCAGAAGGGACUCCACAACCCGCAGGUUAUGCUCCCCAGUCCAUGCAGUCCUACUCAGGGGCCUCUGGUGGCCAGUACGCUCAAGGAAUAGCACCAAUGCAGCCUGGCCUAAGGGGUCCUCCUCCUACAGGACCACCUCCUUCACUGUAUGGCAACGCAGCUCCCCCUUUCAGGCCUCCUGGACCUCCACCCGGUAGCACACCCCCUGGAGUACAGCCGCAGUGGGGAGCUCCUCCAAGCAGGGUGCUGGCGAGACCCUCUCCAGUUUCCGGUCCUCCAGGACCACCGCCAAUUUCAGGUCCUCCAGGGCUGAGCUCUUUCGUCAAUCGCAGCUAUAUAGCUACGUCCCCAGCAGGAGAUUUUCCUCAUAUGAGACCGGAAGCUCCACCUGCGACUAACCCGUCUACCAACUCAAUUACAGGAACGAUGGGGCAUUCCUCAGGUCCAUUUGGAGGUCCCGGUGGUUUCACGCCUGGGGGUGCCCCUGCUGCUGUCAACAGACCAGCCUUUUCCGCGCCCCAAUCCACCCCUCCAGCUUACCAACCGGCGAGACCAUCGUCAGCCGUUGCCUCCAGUGGUCCUCCCAUGGGCCCCCCUUCCUUGCCGUACCAACAACAAUCUAGCAGCCAGGUUCCCCUAUCCAGUGCUCCUGCUGGUCCUCCUAGCUUCUCGUACCAGCAAGCACCCGCUAAUGGACCUCCUCAAGCUCCUCCCACACGGCUGGGUGGAAGCACCAGCCAGUUUCCUGGACAAGGCCCUAGUCCAGCUAUGGGGCAGUCUGAGGCAUUGUACAGACCAAUGCAUAGCGUGCAGGGAGCGCCUGGAGCAACUACUCUUGCACAACAGUUCCAACGGAUGUCCAUGGGUCAGCCAGGCCAGCAGCCACCUGGUCCACCAGGUCCUCCUAGUUUCUCUGCACCUAGUCAACCUGUGGCGGGAGCUUCGUAUAGUACUCCAUCUACAUGGCAAACUCCUGCAAGGCGUGUGUAUCCGGAGGCCUACGGUGGUCAACCUCAAAGUGGCUCCAUGCCUCCUGUGGCGGGUGGUCCGCAGCAACUUCAUGGUGGACAGCCCUACAUACCGGGAAGCAUGGCUCCAUCGAUGCAGACCAUGUCCCAGCCAGGAUCACCCGCUGGAGGUCAACCAGGAUCCGCCUCCCGUAUCGAUCCUAACCAGAUUCCGCGUCCCCAGUCAACAGCGAGCCCCUUACCGUUCGAUACACGAGUGAAUGGCAUGGCCAACUUGCCUCCGUCUGCUACAACGCACUUCGUUGUGAGGGAUACUGGAAAUUGCAGCCCACGAUUCAUGCGGUGCACCUUGAACCAGAUUCCGUGUUCGGGAGAUUUGUUAGCGAAUUCUGGAAUGCCGUUGGCCGUAAUGGUUCAGCCCCUCGCUCUCCAAGACCCCGCCGAGGAGGCAAUUCAGGUGGUGGAUUUCGGAGAGAGCGGUCCAGUGCGAUGUAGUGCACCUCAGUGCAAAGCGUACAUCAACCCAUUUAUGAGGUUUAUCGACCAGGGUCGCCGUUUCACAUGCAAUUUGUGUGGUUACACGAGCGAAACCCCACGAGAUUAUCUGUGCAAUCUGGGACCGGACGGGAGAAGACGGGAUGCAGACAUGAGACCCGAGCUGUCGAGGGGCACCGUGGAGUUUGUAGCUCCAAAAGAGUACAUGGUUCGACCUCCAAUGCCCCAAGUAUUCUUCUUCUUGGUGGAUGUGUCUGUGAACGCGGUUUCCACGGGAGCAGUUGCGUCAGCUUGCAGUGCAAUCAAUCGUGUUCUGGCCGACCUUGGAGAUGAUACGAGGACUCUUGUGGGCAUCGCGACAUUCGAUUCUACUGUGCAUUUCUACAACCUGAACACGAGUUUACAAUCGCCAUCUAUGUUGGUUGUUCCCGACAUACAAGAUGUUUACACUCCUCGUCAGACUGACCUGCUUGUUCCGCUUGCGGAGGGACGGGAUCAUUUGGAGCAACUAUUGGAGACUAUCCCCAGCAUGUUUCAGAACAAUCGAAUACCGGACGCUGCUCUUGGAGCUGCCGUCAAGGGUGCCUAUUUAGGCAUGAAGGCGACUGGAGGGAAGCUGCUAGUCUUUCAAACAGUUCUACCGUCUGUUGGAUUUGGAGCUUUAACAGCACGCGAGGCAGAGAGCAAAGUUAAUGAAAAGGAGGCUCAGAAGCUUUUGCAGCCCUCGGACAAGAUCCUGAAGACCUUGGCACUUGAGCUCGCGGAGUUCCAGGUGUGUGUGGACCUAUUCUUAGCAACACAAAGCUUUGUGGAUAUUGCAUCCUUAGCUGUUCUUCCACGAUCCACAGGAGGCCAGAUUUAUUACUACCAUGAGUUCCAAGCUGUUGUGGAUUCUGCGAAGCUGUACAAUGAUCUACGGUGGAAUUUGACCCGACCACAGGGGUUGGAAGGUGUUAUGCGAGUGCGAUGCAGCAAUGGUAUGCAAGUUCAAGAUUACUAUGGCAACUUCUGCAAGCGUAACCCUACAGAUGUGGACCUUCCAGCGAUUGAUUGUGACAAAACAAUCAUGGUGACUUUUAAACAUGACGACAAGUUUCAAGAUAACGCAGACUGCUGCUUUCAGAGUGCUCUGCUGUAUACAACCACAAGUGGACAAAGGCGGAUCCGACUGAACACAUUGUCUCUGUCUUGUUCGACUGCUCUAACCAGCCUUUUCCGCGGAGCUGACCUGGAUGCUCAGUUCACCCACUUUUUGAAGCAGGCUGCCCAGGAUGUGUUGACGACACAAGUUGCUCAAGAAAGGGAUCGUGUGUCUGGUCAAUGUGUGAAUAUUUUAUAUACGUACCGGAAGUUCUGUGCAACUGCAUCUUCGUCCGGGCAAUUGAUACUUCCGGAAGCCUUAAAGUUGCUGCCUCUUUACACUAUGGCUUUGACAAAAAGUGUGGGUUUGCGGACCGAUGCGCGAAUUGAUGAGAGAUCGUACUGGAUUACGCGAGCAGCUUCACUGUCAGCACCUUCGGCUAUUCCUCUGGUGUACCCACGAUUGUUUGCGUUGCACAACCUUCCUUCGAAGGAGGAUCUGAGAGGCGUUGUUCUUCCAUCUACGUUAUCUCUAUCGAGCGAGAAUUUGGAGCUCGACGGUAUUUAUUUGCUGGAGAAUGGAGAGGAUGCUUUGCUGUACGUUAACUCGCAAGCUUCACGAGAAGUCUUGCAUCAGCUUUUUGGCGUGUGUUCGGUGGAUGAGUUGGCAGUUGGACAGUUCUCUCUUCAGGAGUAUGACAAUGAAUUAUCAAGGAGGCUGAAUGAGGUAGUUAACGAGAUACGGCGUCAACGCUGCUCAUACCUGCGGUUGUGCAUGCUGAAGAGAGGAGAUCCCCGAGAGCUUCUUUUCUACAACUACUUGGUUGAAGACAAGUCCGCUUUGGGACUGUCGUAUGUGGAGUACCUGGUGCAAACACACCGGCAAAUUCAAAACCGAAUGACCUAAGAUGUGGUCUAUGCGGUACACGGGAUAGGAUUUUAAUGGAAAGUGGGAGCUACGUUUGACGCUUGUCACACAUUUCUUUCUUUAUAUUAAUACGGAACUCUUUGCUGGCGUAUGGUGUUCAGCUCGAGAAAGCCUUGACAACAUGUCCUUGUCUCACAUAUUAAAUGUACAUUUUUUUCCUUCA